AUGCCACCUCGUCGUCUACCUUCGCCCCUCGCACUGGAAACAUGCUCGUCUCUCGCCUCUGACGCCGGUGACUAUGACUUAGCUUGUUCGGACGAUGAGCUUGACUUGAGACAGCGCUCGGCGCGGCGCCGAAAGAUUGAGAAACUCGGAGAGGCGUACCUCCAGGGCAAGCCGCUCUUCAUUCUCUCUGCGGGUCUUCGAGGCCCGCUCGAUAAAGGGUGGAAUAAUCCAUGGAGGAAGGAUAGGAAGAAAUCUGCCGCAAGCCAGAUUGGCGGCGCCGAUGCCGACCCACCGGUCAUACCAGAGACGAACUCCAGAAAACGGAAGCUCUAUCAGAGCCCAAUAACUUCCAGCCAUGCACGAUCAUCGGCGACUCCAUCAGCGUCAUCUCGCCCUGGCCGUAUCCGCGAAACUGCGCUCGCAACUAAAUCAAGGGAUCGGGUGCCAGACCUAGGCGCCGAGGUUCACGGCUCUCCCCAUUUUACACGAGUGAAACCCUCAGAUUCAAAGUGGUUAAAGAAGGACAAAGUCUCACUUCGAUUCCAGAAUAUUGACCCUCCGACUUCGCCUACAACAAGUGUCUCAGCUCGACAAGUUAAACCAAGGUGUGCUACUCAGUCCCUUGGUAGAUCAGAGACUGCGGCCUAUGAAAAAGCCAGGUCAUCGAAAGGCAGCCGGCCAAAGUAUAUACCCUCAGAACCAAGCCUUGUCACCCAGACAGGGCUGUGUGGUACAUCUCCGAAUGAAAAACAACAGUCAGGUGGCCCGAGGAAGCGAAAGGGAAGCACACAAUCCAACAUCGAAGACAUGUCGCUUCGCGUGGUUUCAUCCUCAUCUCAACUACCAAAAUUCGAGUACCGAUUAAAGCCACACAGCCGAACCGACCAAAUAAACUCUAAACCCAGCAAAGAUGGCACAAGCGAAAGUUCCGCUGCUGUCCUCGACAAACUACAACCGGAUAUCCCCAAAAGCUCGCCUGCGAAGUUACCUUCGAUGCGUAGCACAGAAAAAACUAUGGAUCAACAUGAUACAGAAGUAUCCAAAUCUGUGACAAAUGCCACGUAUACGGAUGAGGACCCUCGAUCGUCGCAUCUUGAGAAAGAACUGGCUGGAGAAUUGAAGAGCGGUACCACCAGCGAGAACAACCUUCCGUCCGCCCAACCUGCACCUGAAAAUCCACCCAUUCCUGACAAUCUAACAUCUCUUUACUCGAUUGCGAUAUCUAAAGGCACCUCAACCCGCACGGAGGAUCACAAUAACGAUCAUCAGUUUUCAACCCAGGCGGCUGUUUUGAUGGCUCAGAAAUCUUUCCAGAAUGAUCUUAGAAGUCCUGAACAAAGUCCCGUCUUGUCGAAAAGGAAGCGACGGGCAUCCCAGGGCUCAAACAACGAAUCUCCGAACCAAAUCAACAUUACACCGUUCCACAGACUGAAUACGCCCGCUCAGGAUAUCGGGAACCCGCGUAGCGCCCCGAGAACCGGUGCCUCACAAAUGAUGAGUACCCAGUAUAUGAUCGAUGCUGCAACGCCUUUCACAUUUAGUACAGAAAAAAAGAAGACAGAUCAUCGGCUCCUGUCCUCUGGAAAGGACAGGUCGGCAUCGAAGAAGAGGAAAACACCAAGCUUCGCAAUAUCACCAUCCGUAUCAUCAGCCGAGCAGUCAGAUCAUGAUAAAGAGCACAUCGCAAGCGUUUUCGAGCCGCUACCCCAUGAUGCGCCAGAUUCACCCUUUAGAUCGCAGCACAGCGCGCUUCCGAUGACUCUGACGGGCACAACGCCACCCACAGCUCAAGAAGGUCAAGGCGCAGACAGCUUUAACCUCAGCCAGGCUAUCGCGGAAGCCGGAAGCUGGCUACAGCAGAGCUUUGAGAUUAAUAAGGAUAUUGCCCACUGCAAGACUGCUAAACCACCUCAAACUCAUCCUCCUAAUAUCUUGCACUGA